AUGAAUGUCUUCAGGCGUUUUCUGCCCAAAAAAAUUGGGUUCAAAACAUCCAAGAAAUCGUGUUAUGCACCAGGCGUUUGCUCUAUCCAUUCGUCCCCAGAUUGUGUAGUGGAAGUUCAUUCCCCGGAGCAGGAAGUAAUAAUUGCUUUGGGAAGUAAUGUCGGAAAUAGACUUAAUAAUUUUGAUGAAGCAUUGCACCUAAUGAAGCAAUCAGGUAUAAAGAUUACCAGGCAUGCUUGCUUAUAUGAGACAGCACCUGCUUAUGUAACUGAUCAGCCUCAGUUUUUGAAUUCUGCUGUUAGAGGUGUCACAAAACUAGGGCCUCACGAGUUGUUGAGAGCACUCAAGAAGAUUGAGAAGGACAUGGGUCGUACAACUGGGAUUCGAUAUGGUCCUAGACCUAUUGACUUGGAUAUUCUGUUUUAUGGGAAGUUCAAGAUCCAUUCUGAGAUACUUGAUGUUCCACAUGAAAGAAUUUGGGAGAGACCAUUUGUGGUAGCACCUUUGAUUGAUCUACUCGGUUCAGACAUAGAUGAUGAUACAGUUGCAAGUUGGCAUUCAUUUUCAAAACAUUCAAGUGAUCUUUUCGAGUUGUGGGAAAAACUAGGAGGUGAAUCUCUCGUGGGGAGAAAUGGGAUGAAAAGAGUAUUACCAGUAGGAAACCACCUAUGGGACUGGUCAUUGAAAACCUCCCUUAUGGGUAUUCUUAACUUGACUCCCGAUAGCUUUAGCGAUGGAGGGAAGUAUAUAUCUGUAGAAGCAGCAGUUUCUCAGGCUCGUUUGAUGCUUUCAGAAGGCGCAGAUAUGAUUGAUUUUGGUGCACAGUCCACACGCCCUAAUGCUUCAAAGAUAUCCGUUGAAGAAGAACUAGAUAGGCUAAUUCCUGUCAUCGAGGGUGUCACGAAGAUACCCGAAGCUGAAGGGAAGCUUUUAUCUGUGGAUACCUUCUAUUCGGAAGUUGCUUCAGAAGCAGUGAAAAGGGGUGUUCAUCUCGUAAAUGAUGUAUCUGGUGGACGUUUGGAUUCCAACAUGCACAGUGUUGUUGCAGCACUUCGAGUACCCUAUGUAGCAAUGCAUAUGAGAGGUGAUCCAUCUUCAAUGCAAAACCCCGAGAACUUGCAAUACAACGAUGUUUGUAAGGAUGUAGCAUCUGAACUUUACGUGAGGCUCAAGGAAGCAGAGUUAGCCGGUAUUCCUGCUUGGAGGUUGAUAAUUGAUCCUGGAAUCGGAUUCUCCAAGAACACUGAACACAAUUUGGAUAUUCUAACGGGUUUGACUACCAUUCGAGCUGAGAUUGCUAGAAGGAGCUUGGCUUUGUCUCAUACCCCUUUAUUGAUUGGACCAUCAAGAAAGAGAUUCAUAGGCGAUGUCUGUGCUCGUCCUGCUGCAGAUGAACGAGAUCCAGCAACUGUUGCUGCUGUGACCACAGGGGUUCUGAAUGGUGCCAAUGUUGUAAGAGUACAUAAUGUUCGAUACAAUGCAGACGCCCUUCGUCUAUGUGAUGCAUUAUUGGAAAGAAAACAGAGACAAAACAGUUAA